CCAAUGACAGGCGCGCGUACGGCGGCCAUGUUUCGUGGACGCGUUUUACCAACCAUCGCGUUUCGCCUCGCGUCAAAAUAACAUUUUCGAGCAAAUUUCCGUGAAAAAUUUCCGCGAAGAGCCGGACGCCGCGAAGGGCGGAUAAAAUUUCGCCGCGAUUCGUCUCGUCGUCACAUUUUCGUCGUGACGUUUCUCCAUAGUGACACGUGUUUUUUCGUCGUCGCGGCAAACGUGGUGCGCCCCGACAAACAAGCACCAACUUCAGAGGCGUGUCAUGUUUGCGCUCUCAGCGCGUUACUUCCCGUACGGUUUCGUCGAGUUUCGUCGUCGAAAAUCUAUGAAAGAUGCUGUCGCUAGGGCCGAAAAAGGACGGCGGGCCGAACGCCAAGUUCUUCGAGGCGCCGGAAAUCCUCACCCAGCUCGACGGCGUCAAGCAGUGGCUUCUGAAGAAUUGCAAAAAGUAUGUGCAAACGGAUCCGCCCACCAAUAAAAGUUUAGCCACGUUAGUGGUGCAGCUUCUGCAGUUCCAAGAAGAUAAUCUAGGAAAAAAUGUAUCAAAGCCACCUAUGACUAGGCUUCCAAUGAAAUGUUUCUUAGAUUUAAAACCUGGUGGUGGUGUAUGUCACAUAUUAGCAACCGCUUAUCGUUUCAAACAGGAGCAAGGAUGGAGGCGAUUCGAUUUCCCUGUGGGAAAAUCAGGAUCACGUAUGGAUCGUACAGUAGAUAUGCUGAUGGCAGCGGAACGUGUUUUAGUACAGAAUAGAUGUAUGACUGUACCAAGUGUUUUUGUGAGACCAGAUGUUGAUAAAUCCACAGCUGCAAAAAUCAAGGAAGUAGUUAGAAAACAUCAAGGAACCGUCGUUGAAAAUGAAGCAGAUGCUACGCAUAUUAUUUAUCCUCCAGUGGAUCCAAUGGAAGAAGAAUAUGCGCGUCCUUGUAUGAGACGCGAGAGGUCGGUUCUAAUUCAUUGGUACUAUUUCCCAGACAGCUAUGAUUCGUGGUUGACAGUGGAUCUUCCAUGGGACUAUCCUGAAGGAACUUAUACAAAUACAAAUUCAAGAUCAGUAUACAAAGUAUCAGCUACAUGGGCGCUAGAUUUGGAUCAAUAUAACGAGUGGAUGAACGAGGAAGAUUAUGAGGUAGAUGAUAACGGUCAGAAGAGAGUACACAAGUACAGACUGUCCGUAGAAGAUUUGAUGGCACAGCCGUCUCAUCCACCACCCGCAAAGAAACCGAAGAGAAAACGAUCACCCAGCCCACCCCCAAAGCUCGGAAAACGUAAAAGCAGAGCACCAUCGGGUAUUCAAAGCGCAUCCGCGUCAUCAGUAACAGCUCCGAAGAAAUCACGUGGCGGCGAGGAAGAGGAAGAUCUAACUCAGGGAAUGGAGGAUCCACCCGCCGAACCCCGCAUCGUUGAAGUGGUCGCUACACCUACAAAUCCACCAAUUACUGGUCAGGGUAACUCAACAACAGGAAAUUCCACUUUAACAUCUACUGGUAGUAAAAAGCAAGAUAGCGAACUUCAACCUCUCAAAUCCGGCAAUUUGACCGACCUUGAUGAACAAAUGGAAGGGGAUAAAGGCAGUUCUCAAGGCGGUCAAGACAGAGAGGAGAGAGAUACUAGUAAAGAAAGAGGUGAAGGUGGCAAAGACGAACCAGAAGAUAAUGUGACAGAGCAAACACAUCACAUUGUUGUUCCUAGCUACUCUGCUUGGUUCGAUUAUAACUCGAUUCACACUAUUGAGAAGAGAGCUCUGUCAGAAUUUUUCAAUGGUAAAAACAAAUCCAAAACUCCGGAAAUCUAUCUUGCAUAUAGAAAUUUUAUGAUUGAUACCUAUCGAUUAAAUCCAACGGAAUAUAUUACAUCGACCGCCUGCAGACGAAAUUUGGCCGGAGAUGUAUGCGCGAUUAUGCGUGUGCAUGCAUUUUUGGAGCAAUGGGGACUCAUUAAUUAUCAAGUGGACGCGGAAUCUAGACCGACACCCAUGGGACCUCCACCAACGUCGCACUUCCAUGUUCUGUCAGAUACGCCGUCCGGUUUGGCGCCAGUUAAUCCAAAUCCGCCAAAAACGCCACAGCCGUCCGCCGCAAAGAUGUUGCUCGAUUUGGAGAAAAAACCAACAGUUGUAUCAGGUCCGGAGGAGAAGGUUGCGGCGGGUGCGAUGGCAAAUUUUGCUCUCAAGAUCGAUCAAUAUUCGAGAAAACCGGCGGUUCUGAAGAAUAAGCAAGCGGCUGGCGCUACGCGCGAUUGGACAGAGCAAGAAACGCUCCUGUUAUUGGAGGGAUUGGAAUUGCACAAGGACGACUGGAACAAAGUAUGCGAACACGUGGGUUCGAGAACACAGGACGAGUGUAUCUUGCACUUUUUACGUCUACCUAUAGAGGAUCCAUAUCUCGAGGAAGGUGGACCUGAAGGAUUAGGACCUUUGGCUUAUCAGCCGGUACCAUUUUCGAAAGCUGGUAAUCCUGUCAUGAGCACAGUCGCUUUUCUCGCAUCAGUCGUGGAUCCUAGGGUAGCUGCGAGUGCGGCGAAGGCCGCCAUGGAGGAAUUUGCUGCGAUAAAGGACCAAGUGCCGGCUGCGUUGUUGGAUCAGCAUUUAAGAAAUGUUCAAGCUAGCGCUAAUUCGGAUGGUAAAUUUGACCCAGCGGCGGGCUUGGCGCAAUCGGGUAUUGCAGGUACAGGACCACCCGAACCACCUGACGACACAACAGCAUCCGCGACUCCCACGACGGGUGCAGCUAGUUCGCCUCACUCGACUGUGCCAACUCCCGAAACAAAAAAAGAGGAACCAGAAAAACCUAAAGACGCAAUGGACGUUGAACCAUCUCAGGUGGACGUCACAAAGAAGGAAGACGAAUCGAAGGAGGGUGAAGAAGACGUAAAAUCCACCACUGAUCCAGAAGCUGCGGAAGCAAAAGAAAAGAAGGAUAAGGUUGUAAGAGAUGCUCAGCUUCAAUCUGCGGCGGCAGCAGCAUUAGCGGCUGCAGCUGUUAAAGCUAAACAUUUAGCAGCUGUGGAAGAACGCAAAAUAAAGUCGCUCGUCGCUUUGCUGGUGGAGACGCAGAUGAAGAAAUUAGAGAUCAAAUUACGUCACUUCGAAGAAUUGGAAACUACGAUGGAGCGUGAGCGUGAGGGUCUCGAGUAUCAGCGGCAGCAGCUCAUCACCGAGCGGCAGCAGUUCCAUUUGGAACAGUUGAAGGCAGCCGAGUUCAGAGCGCGGCAGCAGGCUCAUCAGCGAAUGGCUCAGGAACAACAGCAACAGCAGCAGCAACAGCAGAAUCAACAGCAUCCACCUUGGCAACCGCCUGGCACGCAACAGCAGCAACAGCAACCGCCGAGUCCGCAGGCUCAGGUGCAACAGCCGCCGCCGCAUACACCGCCGCAGCAGACAUAACUUUUUCAUGAAUCUUUCGGUGGUUGUUUCGGAUUGAGGACACGCAAGGAAGACAUCAGAUGGGAAUGAUAAUGCUGGAGAAGCUGUGUCAUGUAAGCCCGCCUAACAACACCACUUGUGCAGCAGUAUAGCAAGUUCGCAAGAUCAAGAGCGAGGGAGCCAACCCGCGUCAGUUGAAAAUCGACAAGAUAAACGGCCUGCAGAAGCACAGUAUUAAAAGUUAAGUCUUAGGAGGUUUCGCGGUGCGGCGCACCUCGCACUCUCGUGCCAGCCAAACAUUCUGUCAGAAUUUCGAAUAUGAUUUAUAGAUUGCGAUAUCUAUAUCACGGGAUAAAUAUUCUUGCAACGUAUAUCGUAGUUCAUUUUUAUGAGAUAAUUGAAAUCGAUGUCUGAUAUAUUAUUUAUGAAUUAACGUGAAUGAAGAAACCAAGUAGUUGAAAAUAAACUAAAUAGCGGAGGAGGACAGAUGUUUAAAAACUAAAACGAGUAAAAUAUAUAUUAUAUACAUUUUUUUUUCAUAUUUUUAGACAUGAUGUAAUUUUACGUUAUACUUCUCUGCAAGUCGGUGUCGGAAUUUAUCUUAAUUGUGUGUAAUUGUACAUAAGGCAAGAAUCUUUUCUUUGAACUCGCGGCUACACGGGUCUAGGUGUGACCAAUUUCGCUAAACUGAAGUCUUUUUAAUAAGAUCAUAGAUGAAGAAAAGCAUUUGAAUCAUAUAUAAGAAUCUUAUAAAUUUAUAUAAUAAAAAUGUAUGGAAUAAAAAUGGUUUUUUCGUCUCGUUAUCUCGUACAAAGAUAGAUAGAAUUUGUAGAAACAAAGUAUCAUCUCUCUCUCUCUCGAUAAAUUAUCUUUCUGAAAAUGCAAUCUUUUAUCGUUGAUAUGUACAAGGUGAAAUACAAGGGUGCAAUAUGCUGUGUACGCAGCACUUUUCACAUUUUCGUAAUAAAAUAAAAGAUUCACCUCUGUAUCCGAACUUGGUUCAUCCCGAAGGAGGAUAUUGUUGGUCCAGCAAUCGCCGUGACAAAAUACGGAGAGAGGUCCUUGCGCAGAGACAAGCUCGCUCAUAGUGCGAAAAAAUACGUUUUCGUUUAGGAAAGCUUGCAGCUUUGUCAUUAUUUCCUCUCUCCUGUGAUCCAUGUGCAAAGGUAGCGCUUCGGAUACCAUUCUGAUAGCGUUAUUCACGGCAACGCGAUAAUAUUGUCGAUACCAAUCUUCAUUGUCUCGUCGAAAUAAUGUUUCUCGUAUACUUUGAUCGUGUUCCGGAUUUGUUAAUUUCGUGAACUCCUCCGGCCUUCAAAGAGUGAUGUAUCUUUUUGCAUUAAAACUAGUGGAUAAAGAUAACGAGACAAAACAACUCGUGAUUGUUAAUGAAAAAAAAAGUAAUUCCUUUUUAUUAAUAUUUUUAAUUGCAACACUUGAUUCUCAAACACAUUUAUUUUAUCUCUUCGAAAAUCUGAUUAAUGAUUAAACAUUACUUAUUUAUUUUUA